UACACCAUCACCAGCACUCUGGGAGAGAGGAGAGGAGCCGAGGGCAGCGACGGCAAGCAGCUGAGAACAUGGCAGCGGUACUGUUCGACGCCGACGGCACAAGCCAAAGACUCUCCUUACUUUACCUUCACUCGAGGACCUCAGUCUGAGAGCGAGGAGCAGACUCGGAGUCCGUUACUGUCUCGGACCUUCACACCGAGUCACAACUCCAUGUCCUACAACCUGAACUUCUGCUCCUCAGACGCAACAACAAACCCCAUGGAGUGUGACCUGCCCUAUCCUGCCCUGGUUGUCAAACGUCUGUCCAUGGGAGACGGAGUCUCGAUGGCCUCCGAACGCAAGAAGGAGAACAUGGCAGAAAUCAGCCUCAUCUGUGAGGAGAACCUCCUGGACACCAUCUUCCACGCCUGUGACACACAGCGUCGAGGUAAAGUGUACGUCUCCCACAUUGUCGACUACCUGAGACACACCACGAGUCGAAGCUCCGGGGACAGCGGUCUGGACGAGCUGUGCAACAUGCUGGACCCGGAGCACAAGGACGUCUCCAUUGACCUGGACACCUACCACGCCGUCAUGAGGGAGUGGAUUGAUGACUGUCGCAGCGUCAGCGAUGAACAAACAGACAGCACGACUCAAGACUCGGUGAAACUGAAAGAGCGUUUGUCUGCAAGGAGAUCGCUGCUCCUCAACAUGACCUCAGGGAGUUUGGAGGCCUUUGGUGGAGAGGCCUCCAGAGUAGAAUUUGAAACAUCAGAGCUGGUAUACUGCGUCGCCGAUCUCCAGAUGUGUAACCAGAAGCUGGAGGAGGAAGUGAGGAAGCUGAAGCAGGUGGUGGAGGGCAUGGAGGACGCCAACCAGAAGUUGGCGGAGGAGAACGAGGAGCUACGUAACCAAGCUAGGGUUCAACAGCAGCUGGCCCAGAAGGAGAAGCUGUUGAAGGAGGAGGUGGAGGAGAUGAAGGCAACACUGAGUUGCACCGAGGAGGGAAGAGCUCGUGCCUCGGCCCACAGCAAGAAUGUGGAGAAAGAGAACCAGGAACUAAUUGCCAAGAUCGCCUCUCUGCAGGAAGAGAACUUUAAGGUCAGCGUGGAGACGGAGGAUCUUCAGAGGAGGAUAACGGAACUGUGUGACACCAACGCUGACCUCCAGGUGCAAAUUCACUCCUUCGAUUCUGUUGUGAGUGACAAGGAGACGGUGGUGCAGGAGAAAAGCAGACAGAUCAGGGAGCUGAAGGCAGCCAUGGAGGAAUACUCUUCUGUCAUAGAGCUGCUCAGGGCCGAUAAGAACAAGCUGGAAAGCCAGAUGCAACUGAUACAUCCUGACCUAGUUGGGGCUGGUCUGUCCCUCUCACUUGCCUACAGGUUGAACCAGAGCUCUUCAGGUUCUUUACAGACAGAACUGGCUCUGGCACAGUCGCCACUGGAGGUCUCCCAUGUGAUGGACCAUCUGUCCUCCAACAUGAACAUCACCUCCCCUCUGGAUGAGACUCUGGACAGGGAGGUGUUCCUACUGAUGCAGGGGCCCAGUCCUGAUCACAUGGCUCUGGAGUUCAAAAGCCUCCUGAACAAACUGAAACGAAACUUUACAGACGAAGCCAACUCUGUGAUUUCAACCGUGAGAACUUUGUUGGAUGAGCACGAAAGCAGCAGCGACCGUGCGACAAAUGUUCAGGCGGUGCAGGCUGAGCUGGAUGCGAGGAGGAGCGACUGGGCCGUCAGCCUGGACCAGCUGGCCCAGUACACAGACUCCCUGGAGAAGGAGCUGAUCAAAAUGGCGAGCAACAUGAGGAGGUCUCGAACUGAAAUCCUCCACCUCUCGCCCGCUGAAGAAGACUUGGUAUGGGAGGACGAGGGGGAGCUUCUCCUCCAAGACUUCCUGAGCAACGACUUGGACAAAUGUAGACGACCUGAGAGCAGGGACGGUGGGGGACGAGACAGAGACACGUCCACUCCUAUGUCUGUCGUCUGCAUGGACACACAGCCUGGAGCAGACUCUGCAGUCUUCCUCCAGCCACAGCUUCAGGCCAAAUCUCAACUAUUGCAGGAAAACACUGUGGUGCCGUCGAGCACCCACUCACAAGCUGUCAGCGUUCGACACCCAGAGGCUGAUGCUCUCUGCGAUCCAUCCCACUCAGAGAACAAUUCUGCCUCCGACUGUUUUGCCAACAACUUGAGCGACACGCAGGAGCGAGAACACGCGGCGACAACUGGGAACAGUCCGACCAAACCACCGACCAUGGUCUCUCUUCACGGUCCAUCAACUGGACCAGGUGAAGACACACCAUGUGACGAAAGCGCCAAGCUGCUCAGCCAGGAGCUGACGGGAGAAGAAGAGAAAAAAAGCGACGUGGACGUGAAGACGGGAGACAUGAACUCCAUCAAGAGCCUGAAACAGGACCAGCUGGCAGACAGAGCAGCGGCGGCGGUGGAGGACAGCGUCAGCUUGUUGCCUGUGUUGGUUGAAGAGGAGGAGAGUGUGCAGGAAAGUUCAGCCAAAGUCCCGGCAGGAGAGGCCAACAUGGCAGCAUCAGACCGGCUCGGCGUCGUCAACGUGUCCGGCGGCAGCGCUCCUUCGUCAGGACCGCUCUUGACAAUCAGCAGCCGGUUGGAGAGCGGAAGAGCCGGCGUGACCUCUGACCCCAGCCAGUCGACCAAAAGGGAGGGUGGAAAAAAUAAGAAAGAACUGGAUCUGACUGGCGGCAUGGAGGUGGCCGAGGAUCGCAAGAUUCAGGAGGACCACACUGCACGCACGACCAAUAGGAGGCACUCCGAUACGUCCAUGAUGUCCGACUCCAGCGACGUCUUCAAAGAGGACUCAAACAGCCUGACGCCCACCGACAAGGAGAUCGAGGCUGAGUUUCAGCGCCUGGCGCUGGGUUUCAAGUGUGACAUGUUUACACUGGAGAAGAGGCUUCGGCUGGAGGAGAGGUCACGUGACCUGGCCGAGGAGAACGUCCGCAGGGAAGUGUCCAGCUGCCAAGGUUUGCUGCAGGCCUUGAUUCCCCUGUGUGAAGACGACACUCAGUCUAUGGAGAUCAUUCAGAGACUCCAGAAGAACCUGGACAUACUGAUCCAGUCCAUGACCAGGGUGUCCAGCCGAUCUGAGAUGCUCGGAGCCAUUCACCAGGAAAAUCGUAUCGGCAAAGCUGUGGAGAUGAUGAUCCAGCACGUGGAGAACCUGAAGAGGAUGUACACCAAGGAGCACGCCGAGCUGCUGGAGCUGCGGCAGACCAUGUUGCAGAACGAGCGCUCGUUCGGAUCACAGACCGAAAAAGAUGACUUUCGUGGUAAGAAACAAACUGCGUCACAAUACUACAAGUCCACAGCACGGCGGGUCAGCAUAGCAGCGAUCCCCCGCUCCGGUGGAAGCAACAUGUUUUUCGACCUGUCCAAACCACAGGACCUGUCUGACGCUGACACUGAGAGACUGACCAGACGAUCACCCUGUUUAUGUUAUAAUUUUGCGUUAAUGAAUGGAGACGUUAGUUGUUCACAUGGUGAAGAGCUGUGGUUCCGUGUCACCGCUGCCUGUUGUAGCACAACACAGCUAUGGUUGUUGUCGUUGUUUUGCACGUCUGUUAUCAUGGUGGUUUCCAGGAAUAUGACAGGGAAGAACAUGGCCCGACCUCCAUUAAAACGCUUUGUUAGCUCUGCAGCCUGGGUUGACACGGAAGAACCCUCUGUGAUGAUGAAGGGGAACGGCCGUGACGCCACCGACUGCCAGUCGGAGGACGAGCAGACGGAGGAGCCGGUGGCAGACAGGAGGAAGUCCAGUCUCAAUGAGCUGGGCAACAUAAUCAGCUCUUUCAUUCUGCCUCUGAAGACGUUAGUCCAACCCAAAGUUUACCUACUGCUGACCGACUGCAUAGCUGCAGCGUCCGAUUGGAGUCAGGAUGAGCUCUUUGUCAUGCUUCCCAGUCCUUCCUCCAGCCCGACGUCUGCUGACCCAGGUAUAGUCCAGUCUCUGUCCCAGAGCCUGAUGUCUUCUCGAGCGGCUGCAGCAGCUGUAGCCAGAGGCAGCAGAGGUCUGUGGCUGUGGUUGGCCUUGCUGCUGGUGCUGGCAGGUCUCCUGGCGCUGCUGGCCAGUCUGGUGAUGCAGCCAGUUGUAGAUGCCGCCCCUGUGGGGACUGGAGACUCCUGGAUGACCAUCCAGCAGCUGCUGUGGCCCUACACGGGGCUGCGGCACAACGGGCAGCCCCCAGUGUAGCCUCUGGGACCUGGGGAUUUUGGUGCUAUCGCUAAUUAGCCUUCUGCAGAGAUUGUCCUGCGUGCCGUGGGGGGAAAUUAACAGAGGACAGUGCACCACCACCACCACUGAUGGAUGCCUGAAGAUUUAAACUGGACUCUUUGUCAGCACUGGCCGGUCCUCGGGGCAUAGUUAACCCUACGGAGGAUUUUACACAGCACAUCACGUUUGCUAAAGUAGUUAGCCUGUGUGUGAAGGUGUGUUUCUGUUUUAAGAGAAAGAUCAGGUCCAUGUCCUCACAGUAGGCUGCUCACAAUUUUUUUUUUUUUUAAAUAAAUUAUGUCCUUUUACUUUUCAAAGCUGCCAGCAGAGGUCAUCCUGGGCCCUACAGGGUUUGUUCAUAGGAAUUAAUCAGUCAGCAGAGCUGACCUAACGCUGCUCAGUCAUGUCACAGCUCGUGCUGAUUGGUCCACAAGGUCCAGUGGACAAAAACUCUGACCUGUGUCACAUGACUUUUUAAAACACCUACAGACAGGGACUGCAUUAUAACAAAUAUAUUUUUUUUUUCUGUCUACAAACACUGAUAAUAAACUAAUUUUAAGUGUUUUUGUUAGUGCUUUAAACUCUAUUUAUGCUUGUUUUGAGUUGGGGAUAUGUGAAUAUAUAUAUAUUUAAAGUUGUAAAUCAGCGUUUUUACCGUCUGUCACCAAAGUUUUUUUUUUUUUCUUUUGUUUCUCUUCCGUCCUUACUGAGGUGGCGACUGUUUUUCAACCACACACACUUUUUGUAUUUGUUCUGAAGACCACGUGAGGUUUUGCACAAAUAAAAUAGAAGACCUUUUUAAAAAUG